AUAUCCCGCCUUUGCACUCGGAAGUUUCUGCGCAAUGUGGACGGGGUUUGUUUUGUGGAAGAACGUGUAGCUUUACCCGAGGGACCGUCCAGAAUGCCUGGGUUUGAAUUGGAGCAAGUGGAUGGAGGCCAACCCAUUGACCUGCCUUACGGAGAGACUGUCAUUGGAAGAGGACCUUUUCUUGGAGUGAGUGAUAAAAGGGUGUCCAGAAACCAUGGUGUUUUGGAGAACGUUGAUGGCCAGCUGCGCCUCAAACCUACACACCUGAACCCCUGUUUCAUUCAGACAUCUUUGGGAGCACCUUCUGAGCCUCUGGAGAAGGACCAGUGGCACUGCCUAAAGGAGGGGUCCAUUUUCUCCCUCCUACCUGGGAAAUAUGUCUACAGAGUGCGGGUCAUAACGGAGGACAGCACACUCAGCAACAGCCAGGGUUUUGAAGAGGAGACGCAGACAGAAACAGAGGAGAAUUCUAAGCCUUCCCGAGUGAGUCAGGAGACACAAGAGUACAAUCCUCAGGCCAAGAGCAGUACGCCUCUCAAGACUGAAUCGGCACAAACAGCCCCAGAGGAGGAGGAGAAGGAUGAAGACGCACACAAACCUGACCCUACCUCCUGCGGCCAGGCUAAUGAUGUGUCCAGCCCUGCUAAAGCAGUUGAGUCUGCCCCUCUGACUCCUCAGAGGAAGAGAGUUUUACCUGCCUGGAUGACAGCCGCCACUCCUGCAGCCCAGAGCCCAUCGACAGUGAAAGCAGCUACUAAGCGAGCUCCAGCACAAGCUUCUGCCUCGAAGGCAGCUGCAGCUCAAUCUAAACGAGCCACAGGGCCCAAAAGGGCAAGAACCAAGAAGUCUUCAUCAGGAGAUGAGGAGGAUGAAGACGACGAAGAGCACAUCAAUGUGGAACAGAAGCCCAGAAAGAGACCGAAGAAGUUGAACAGUGACACAGAGGAGAGCCAGGAUCAAGCUCCCGCCCCAAAAUCAAGCCAAGAAAGGUCACUCGAAGACAGACUCAGCGAAGACUCUGAAGAAGAGAGGAAAGGAAGAGCAAGUAAGAGAGCAGAGGCUGCUCCGAAGUCCAGGGCUGGAGGCUCAACGGCAGAGGCAGGAGACUCUGGAAACUCAGAGGUCAAAAAGCUGCUAUCACAGAACGGAAAGCAGAGCAAAAAGACCAGUUCUUCGGAAAACAGCUCCAGCAGCAGCAAGCCCAGAGUUAAGUGCCGGACACCAUGUCCCUAUGGCACCUCCUGUUACAGGAAAAAUCCAGUCCAUUUCCAGGAGUGUAGUCACCCAGGAGAUGAUGACUUUGAGGAAGAGCUAAGUAACAGCAAUGAGGAUGAUGACGACCGGCCUGAAUGCCCUUAUGGAACUGACUGUUAUAGAAAGAAUCCUCUACACAAAAAAGAGUACAAACACACAAAACCUCCAGCAAAGAAGUCUGUGCCAGAUGAUGAGGAUGAUGAUGAUGAUGAUGAUGAUGAUGAUGAAGACCGCUAUGAGAACAGCUUCAUUAAUGAUGAAAGUGAAGAAGAGGAAGUGGAUGAAGACUCUGACUACGUGCCCGAGUCAGAUGACGGUGGGAAAGAGGACAUUAAACGGCUGCAGAAGGAGGCCAAAGCUUUUCUGAGGAGGAAGAAGUAAAUAAAACCCAGAACCAGACAAACAGCAGGGGUUCCUAACUGGAGUUCCACCUUUUGUCAGAGCUUAGAUCCUGCCCAGCACCUGCCUCUAAUAUUAAAGAUUUGUCCAAAAAUCAUAUUUACACAGUGCUUUUCCUUACCCCCAAAAGUAGCCAGUCAGCCAAGACAUGACUGGUGUCUGGAGUUUGGUUCUUCAGCUUUGUGCUGGAGCUACAAGGCCAAUGAAGUUAACAAGCAAUGAAACCAUUAUCCACCUUUAACUGUGAGCGUUGUAUACUGCGUGCUGAAACUGUAUGUCGUUUGUGACAUUGCAUGACAUACUGUUACCUAAAAAAUGGACUGAAAUACAGACAACAUUUUAGACUUUAAGAUGGCUGCUACUACUGUUUUAGCUAUGCAAUUUACACCUUAUUAACAUGUAGAAAAUGUUCGUAGGUUACAUUCAUACAGGUGCCCAAUGGACCUGGUGCUAAUGCUGUUUACAUGGGUUGCCUCAGCAGGAAAAAAUUAAAGGGGAAUAAUUUUGUAUGUUUAUCUCUGUGGCCUGUUUUUCCAUCAAGUUGCAGCACAUUUUAACUCCUUUAACUGCUUCAGUUUUCCUGUUGCUACUGAUGUAUACAGAUGCGAUAUACUUUUGUCCAUUUUUAUAGAUGUCAGUAUGUCAUAAAGUGUCAAACAACAUAAGUCUGUUUGAGAUUACUUAGCAACACUGGCUGUGGUUACAAGAUUUUUUGGCAAUCCAACCGAAUAUAUGUGAAUUGUAGAUUAAGAUUGGGGUGUUUUUAUGCUUACUCUACUCAACAAUCUGGUGGCAAGUCUCCAUUUACAUGCAAACUACAAGUAAUCAGAUCCAAAAUUCUGCACAUGCGUAGAGAACCACCAAAGUGUAGGCGUUACCGUGACAACGUGCAGCAUGUGAGUCCAGAGUGAGAUGAGCAGCAGUGAGCAGUGCCUGUGUUUUUAAUUGUGCCAGUUGUCUUUAAAAUGAUGUCAGACUCAGGAAAACAUCCUUCACAUAUACUUAACACAUAUAAGAAGGCCUAGAGGAAGACGUCGUAUUCAGAGACACAUAAGUUGAGCGUCCUGUCCCACCGCCGUCUUUUAAAGUUGAAAGCACAAACUUCAUCUGCUCUGUAGAUCAGUUUCUGCUCCCGCCAUGUUGAACAGUAUAAACUUUUGCUAUGAUGUGACGCACAUGCGCAGAUCGUAUUUAAAAUUUCCGAUUGGGAAUGUGAUCAGAUGCAGUUGUUUAUAUGGUUAUUAUUCUUCUGUGUAACUGAUUAUUUACAGGAUUACCAACUUUGUUCCAUUGGAUAGAAACUGGAUUUUCGAAUGGCCUCAAUCAGAGUAGCCUAUUCCAAAUGAGGUGUAUACAUGGACAUAUUCUAUUCCGAUUGACCUAUUAGUCUGAUCAGUAACAGAUUAUUAGACUGUGUGUAAAGGUGGCUACUGUUUGGGGCAAGUGAGUGAUGAUUUAGGCCAGCAGUUUGCAUGAUGCUAACGUGGCUGAAAGGUUUGUUGUUUGCCAGCCUUUUAUCUCCACUACAAAACUAAAGUAUAAAACUUAACACACUAGACAUGUUUUGGCUGAUCAAUUGCAUUUGAUUAAAUUUGUAUUUGAGUAAAUUGAUUUUUUUAGCCAAGCCUUUGCUUUCAAAUGUCACUGGUGACGUCCGAAGACUGAUUCAUUAGCUGGGUUGGGCAAGUCAGGUUUCCCUCCACAGUACAGUACAGUACAGCACAGUACAGUCCACAUUGAGCUAUAAACAGAAAUAAACUCUCAGGGUAAGAGUGUUGUAAGAACCUUUUCUGUGCUUCUAAUUGUGUAGAAAAACUGAGCCCAGUUGAGAACUCUUUGAUGAAUCAUCAUCUGGAAGCCUUUAGGUUCUUCACGACAAACAUGAAUUGAAUGUACCAGGCAAAGAGAUCACAGAUUUCCAGAACCAACAGUGAAGGAAGACUUUGUUUAAGGUAUUUAUCUGUUCAGAACUGUAAGUAACAGACUUUAUUCUUUCAAAAUUGAGAAUUGAAAAAUGAAGGCUGGCAAAAGUGGUGACCCUGAUCAGAUGUGAUGACCAGUGUAUUGCUGCAGUCUUAACAAAAAACACUGUCCCAAAGCUUUUUAAAACCACUGUCGAGGCUCUGAUUAGAACACAUCUGGCAUAUUGUGAGUUGUUUUUUAAUGUUUGCAUUACUCAAUUUUUAAGGUUUGUAGGGAUCUGUAAGUGGUUUCAGGGACAACGUGAAUGUGUGCCUAUUUUUCCAUUAUUUGUUUUAGAUGCACUUACAGCUGUUUCCUUUAUAAUUAUUGUUUUUAAACCAAUAUUUUUAUAUCAUCUCUGUGUUCUGUGUUUAUGGUCUGUUGUGCAUAUAAUGUAAGUGGUCAAUAAGUAACAUUUUAUUAAAUUGUAAUUGAAAAUGCAA